AUGUCAUCAGUGUCUAUUCUUGGUAAAGCUUUUGGAAAGCCAUGCGAGGUAACCGCUUCCUCAGAUCCAUUAUGUCUACAUUUGGAUUCAACAAGGGCUCCCACAAUAACCGAAGUGUUGGAAGUGGAGAAGAAAAGCAAUGGUGUGGUUACUACAGUGAUAGGAUUAUGUGAGAAUUUCAAACAUUUGGUUAACCCAACACAUGAUGAUGAUAAGGACUUCGAUAGUGUUGUAAAACUUGUUGAACAAGGAUACAAACUGAGGAAAAGCGAUUGGGAACAAGGUUUUGUAGAUGUUUUUCUUACAGCAGAAGACAUUGGUCAACAAAGAGGAAAUGAAGACAAAGAUGUUCAGCAAAAAUAUAAGGAGCAAGCACAAGAUGAAGAAGAACAACAACUGGAAGCUGAGGCUGAAGUGGGCGAAGGUGAUAAAGAAAGAGAAACUUCAAAAGCCAAUGAAGGGCAUACAGUUGUGGAAGAAGAAGAUGAACAAAUGGAAGCUGAUACAGAAGUGGAGGAGCCUGUGCAAGUUGAAAGGCAGAAACGAGGAAGAGGAAAUAAGGAGCAAGCACAAGAUGAAGAAGAACAACAACUGGAAGCUGAGGCUGAAGUGGGCGAAGGUAAUAAAGAAAGAGAAACUUCAAAAGCCAAUGAAGGGCAUACAGUUGUGGAAGAAGAAGAUGAACAAAUGGAAGCUGAUACAAAAAUGAGGGAGCCUGUGCAAGUUGAAAGGCAGAAACGAGGAAGAGGAAAUAAGGAGCAAGCACAAGAUGAAGAAGAACAACUACUGGAAGCUGAGGCUGAAGUGGGCGAAGGUGAUAAAGAAAGAGAAACUUCAAAAGCCAAUGAAGGGCAUACAGUUGUGGAAGAAGAAGAUGAACAAAUGGAAGCUGAUACAGAAGUGGAGGAGCCUGUGCAAGUUGAAAGGCAGAAACGAGAAAGAGGAAAUAAGGAGCAAGCACAAGAUGAAGAAGAACAACAACUGGAAGCUGAGGCUGAAGUGGGCGAAGGUGAUAAAGAAAGAGAAACUUCAAAAGCUAAUGAAGGGCAUACAGUUGUGGAAGAAGAAGAUGAACAAAUGGAAGCUGAUACAGAAGUGGAGGAGCCUGUGCAAGUUGAAAGGCAGAAACGAGGAAGACGAAAUAAGGAGAAAGAGCAUAGGAAGAAUGAAGAGAAAAGAAAAUAUGAUGCGUAUGAGAAAAAUAAAGAGAAAGAUCAAGGUGAAGAUGGUUCCAGGUCAAACAGUGAGAAACUCGAUAAGCUAAUAAGAAUGGUAUAUGAUUUGGGUAAACGAGUUGAAAUAAUACAGAAUGUCUUAGGAGUUAAGGUAUUUGAUGGUUCACCCAAUGAUGAUAAUGAAGAUCAUCAGAAUGCAGCCAACCCUGAUUAUGCAAAAAGUUCACCCAGUUAUGAUAAUGAAGAAGAAUCAAAUUAUCGUGUUAAAAGAUGUGCAACAGAUGAUGAAAAUGGUGAGGAGAUAUGUGAUGAAGAAGAAAUUUCUGAUACACAUCAACUAACGCAAGUGAAUACUCUCGGAGAAAAUGAGAAUACAGAGAAAAUAACUUCAAACGAAGAGACUGAAAAAAUGGAAGAAGAAAGCUGCAGUAAACAAAAGUCAAAGGUGACGUCUUCUACUCCUACAUUCACUACUCCAAACUUCGAGACAAGGGUUACAUCGCCUACUCCAACAUUUACUACUCCUAAGUUUGAUCUUCUUUCUCAGGAAAGUCGUCAUAGUGGAAAGGGUGCAAAUGAGUAUCUUAUGCGAGAUGUGGGGGAGAAGUCCGUGUCCCAACCUUUAAUGGAAACUAAAAAAAGAUUGGUACAACAAGAUAUCGAGGUAAAUGAUGAUGUUGAACCUCCACUGAAAAAGAAGAAUAAAGCUGAUAUAGGUAACGUUGAACUAAGAAGAAGUGAAAGAGGUCAAAUACCAUCCAUUCAUACACAGCCGCCAUUUACGGGAGCAAGGAAGAAACAUCCAAUAGUACAUCCCUUUGAGCCAGUUGAUAAGACCAGAAAGGAAAAAAUGACAGAAUGGAAAAUGUCAAACAAAAACAAGAAACUGAUAAUCAAUGAAGAGAGAGUAAACGAAAAGUGGUUUUCAGAUCUUGAAACUCCAGGAACAAAUCUUUCGAAAACGCAUAUUGAAGCAGGUUUGCAGUUGCUAAAAUUGAGAAAGAGAAACAAUCCAGAUUUGUUUCUGAACAAAACUGCCUUAGUUGUUGGAGUGAAAUUCCUUGAAGAAAUAGAUGAACUUUAUGUUGAGUUUUUAGAUGACAAGGAAGGUUUCCAGUUUGCAAGUGGCUUUGACAAGUACAACAUAGAGAAGAAUAUCACUUUUCUCUAUUCGGCUAUUGCAGUUGAAGAAUAUUAUUGGCUUGGAAUUGUGGUCAAUCUGGAGAAAAGAAGCAUCACAGCAUUCAAUAGCGCAUCAGUGAAAGGCUUCAGCAACGAAAAAUAA